AGAUAAAGAAGCAGAGCAUUUUGUGUACGUGUGUGUUAAGCUAGCUACGUGGUGAUUGUGGCCACAAAAUUCGAAAUCCUCGCAAGCAGGCAAAGGCUUCUCUAUCUAAAUGCAACUGACAGGUUUCACAGCAGCGCUGCUGCUUGUCCUUGUGGGCUAUACCAGCGCCCAGCGUGUAGCACCCGGCGUAAAUCCCCAGCAUUAUCAACAAGUACCGCAGCAUGCACAACAGCAGCACCAUCAGCCCCCACCGCCACAGUAUCAGCAACAGGUUCAUGGAGCACCCGGUGUACCGCCACAACAAUAUCAAUAUGAACAAGUGCCGGUGCAACAGCAACAACAAGUGCAAUACCAGCAAGUUCCUGUACAACAGCAGCAGCCGCCGCAGCAGAUGCAUCCACCCCAAGCGCAUGUGCCGCAGCAGCAGCAUGUGCCACAGGGUCAUCACCCGCAGCAAGCUGCUGGCCAUCAUCAUGGACAGCCACAACAGGUUUUGAACACGGGCAAUAUUCAGCAAGAACGCGCUCAUAUCCAAGAGCAUAUGCAAGUGCCAAUCGAUACGAGUAAAAUGUCAGAGGCUGAACUACAAUUUCAUUAUUUCAAAAUGCACGAUUCGGACAAUAACAAUAAGCUGGAUGGCUGCGAAUUGAUCAAAUCUCUCAUUCAUUGGCACGAACAAGGCAGCAAAGAGCAGCACAACGGCGAGAAGCCGCAUGUUGAGGAGAAAGUGUUCUCAGAUGAGGAGCUCGUUGCGCUAAUCGAUCCCAUAUUGCAAAUGGAUGAUACCUCGAAAGACGGUUUCAUAGACUAUCCCGAGUUCAUAAAGGCACAACAGAAGGCUGCCGAAAAGCAGCAGCAGCAACAACAACAGCAGCCAACACAACAACAGCCAGCGCAUUAGUUCACAGUUUAAUUGUUACAAACUUAGCCUCACAACAUUGUACUCUUUGUUUUUGAAAUUAAGGCGCCAGCGACUCCAGCGUAGUUUGCAAUGUAUUUGCAUUCCCUAAACGAACUCUUCUUUUGAAAAUGCUGCAAGCAUUCCAAUCGGGCAACUACUUUGAACAAAUUGUAAUUUAAAAUUUAAAUCUCCCUAUGCAUUCGAAUAGCACAAAACGAAUCUCUAAGUUUUUUGAAGCUAUUUUUGUAAAACUCUUUCAUAAUUUUGUUUAGUUAUUUUUAAGCGCCACUUACAAGCAGCAACAACAACAAAAAGAAAGAAUUCAGACUGAUUGCAUGAACUAAAUUAAAUGCGAAACUAAUACAAGAAGAGCUGGAAGUAAAAAAUCGGAAGAAUUACUUAAAUUAUGAGAAAUUGAAAAUAACUUUUUUAGACGCGUUCGAUUCAUUAUAAGUGAACU